AUUUCAGAUAGCAGAGGGCAGUGCAAGUUCAGAGCUGCGGAGAAGGGAACUUUUGAAGAGACCGUGCAUUCAAAUAAAGGUGCCCAAGACGAUAGCAAAUCCCCCUGAUUGACCUACCAAGAUGGGGGACGCGUGCCUACAGGAUGGUGUUACACAUACAAGGCAGAAGGUAGCAUUGAGUGAGGUUGAGUUGGAGCAAUUAGCUCCCAGAUCUGAAGCUGUGGGACCUCCAUUAUUAACCAGAGUAAAGAACAAAUUAAGAUGUUCUGGGUCAAUCGCUAAAUCCCAGCUGUUUAAAUUUAUUCCAAUCCUCAGCUGGUUGCCACGUUAUCGGGUGAAAGAAUGGCUCCUUGGAGACAUCAUAUCUGGUAUCAGUGUUGGCACCAUUCAACUUCCGCAAGGUCUAGCCUGGGGUCUCCUGGCAGGGGUCCCUCCUGUUUUUGGCCUCUAUUCUUCAUUUUACCCUGUCUUUAUCUACUCCUUGUUUGGGACUUCCAAGCAUCUCUCCAUUGGAACCUUUGCAGUUAUGUCUGUCAUGGUUGCAACUGUUACGGAAUCACUGGCACCGAAUGAGAAAUUCAUGUUACCGGGCAAUGAAUCAAUAAUUGAUACAGAAGCGAGAGAUCAUGCCCGAGUAGAGGCUGCUUCAGCCUUGUCUCUUCUAAUUGGCAUCUUUCAGCUUCUUCUGGGGCUCAUGCGGUUCGGUUUUGUUUCAAUGUAUCUCUCUGAUCCACUAAUUCGAGGAUACACAACGGCAGCUGCCUUCCACGUGGUAAUGUCCCAGCUGAAAAGUAUCUUUGGGGUGGAAAUAAGUCAGAAAAGUCAACCUUUAUCUCUGAUCUACGCUUUUGUGACUCUCUGCACCAAACUUCCACAAACAAAUAUUGGAUCUCUCGUUACUGGACUUAUUGCCAUGAUUGUCCUGUUCACUGUUAAGAUCCUAAAUGAGAAAUAUCAUUCGAAGAUCCGAUUUGUCGUACCGAUUGAAUUGAUUACGCUUUAUUUGCAGUUAAUUGUAGCUACUGGGAUAUCGUAUGGUGUGAAUCUCAAUGAGAAGUUCGGAAUGGAAGUUGUAGGGGAUAUCCCAGUUGGGAUGAAAGCUCCAGUUGUACCCAAUAUCAGCCUGUUUGGAGACAUGAUUGGCAAUGCAUUUGCCCUUGCUGUUGUGGUUUAUGCCUUUAAUAUCUCUUUGGCCAAAAUGUUUGCUGUUAAAUAUGGUUACACAGUAGAUAGCAACCAGGAGCUGAUCGCAAUGGGGAUCUGUCAUUCUGUAGGAAGUUUCUUCCAAUGCUUCAGUGUGGCCACCGCCAUGUCCAGGAGCCUGGUUCUUGAAAGCACUGGAGGAAACAGCCAGGUCUCCGGAGCUGUCUCUUCCCUGAUGAUCCUCAUCAUCAUUCUUAAGGCUGGUGAGCUAUUUGAAUCUCUGCCAAAGACUAUACUAGGUGCUGUUGUCAUUGUGAACCUGAAAGGUAUUUUCAUGCAGUUUUCUGAUAUCCCAAUGCUGUGGAAGGCAAACAAAGUGGACUUGAUGGUCUGGCUGGUAACAUUUGUUGCCACAAUGUUGCUGAAUAUGGAUAUGGGACUGGUGGUUUCGGUGGCAUUUUCGCUUGCAACUGUUAUUUCCAGAACGCAGCUACCUCAAUACUCCAUCCUCGGACAGGUUUCCAAUACAGAGAUCUACCGAGACGUGAAGCAGUUUGAACAGGUUAAAGAAGUCCCAGGUGUGAAGAUAUUCCAGUCGUCUUGUACGCUUUACUUCGCAAAUGCAGAUUUAUAUGCAGAUUCUCUCAAAAAGAUGUGUGGUGUAGAUGUGGACAAACUCAUCAAGAGAAAAAAAAAAGCAAUAAAAAAACAAAUGAAAUUAAAAGAGAAAAUGGAGAAAGAAGCUAAAAAACAAAACAAGAAGAAGAAAAAAGGAGAAGCUAAAAUCGAAAAUGAAAAUGAACUGAAGCCUUUUGCCCCUGACAUUGCUGCUGGAAACAUGGAAGCCAAAGAAAUUGCUGUGGAACUUCUAGAAGAGUCUGCUCCAGACUUCUUUGGAUCCGACAAGUGUCCCUUUCACUCCCUUAUCCUGGAUUUAAGUACUGCCAGUUUUAUAGACACUGUCAGCAUAAAGAUUCUAAAACACAUUUUCCGUGAUUUCCAAGAAAUUGAUGUGAAAGUUUACCUUGCUGGAUGUCAUGCAUCAGUUAUUAAACAUCUGGAAGUGGGAAACUUUUUCAGCAGCACAAUCUCCAAAGGUCAGCUAUUUCCUACAGUUCAAGAUGCGAUCACAUAUAUCAUCAGGAAGUCAGAGCAGCACACCGAGAAUGGACAGGACAUUCUUGCUAUGUCAACUCUCCAAGAUAGGUCACCAUUGAGAGAAGAGUGAAAAUGAUUCCAUCACUAAUUAACAUAUCUGAGAACAUUGUGGCUUCAGAAGUACAAAAGGACCUUUUUUUCAUUUUAGCAGGAAAGGGGGUAGUCAUGAUUCUGAAAAAGUGCUAUUUCUUAGGUUGUUCCCAAAACAAGUACACAACUCUUAAACAGGUUCUUUCUGGUGGGAGUGGAGUGCUAUCUGUAUUGGAGGUGUAAGUUAAAUGCAUAUAACCCCCAAAUGGAAAGUCCAACUCUGCCAGCAGGUUCUUAGUUGGCCUUCAUAUAUAUCCAUGGAAUAGACACUGACAUAAGUAAAAAUGAUAAGAAU